CACUAUCCUUCUCUUUUUUCUUUGGAAGCCGAGCUAUCGGAGCCCUUGUCCUCCUACUACAUACUACAGCCUACGUGAUCAAUCCCCGGUUCCAGUGCAGAGGGACUUGACCAAUUCCAAUCAUUGUGUGGAAUCCGGGACUCACAUUCCCGGGAUCUUUGCAGAAUGUGCGCUUACCAUAUCCCUUUGGUCAAUAUCCCCCGUCGUUCUGCCAGCCUUUCUACUGUGCCUAGUCUUGGCCUUAUCUUUUGCGCAUUACCAGACCAGAGAUAGGGAGAGCGAGAGAGGAAAAAAAGAAAAAAGAGAGGGUGUAGCAAGGCCUGGUAUAUUCGUCACUACUUGUCAUUCCUGCAAGCUAGAGCGUUAAGGCACAAGAGCUAUAUAAUAUCAAUCCUGAUCCCGUUUCUGUUCCUAAUCCCCCAACCCCGGAUCGACCAUAAAGUCGCCCUCCCACCAUCACGAAACAUAUUAUCUGGCAACCGACUUCUCGGGACUGCAACUGAACUGCAACUGUGCCAUCUCAUCAUUCUUCGUUUCCUGUAUUGGUCAGCGAGCCGUGUAACAACCCUCCCCGGUUAAACAGCUGCCUCUCAAACCGAGAGUCCUGCAUGUUGAAUAUGCGCCACAGUCGCCGUCGGAACGAGGGAUAUUGUGCUCGUACAAUUUCCCACACUUAGGCUACUCACCUUCAGUAAGAGUCGUCGGCGUAUAAUGCCCCGUCCGAAAAGACCCGGCGCACCAGAACCGAGAAGGCGAAGUCGAAAUGGAUGUUGGCCGUGUAAAAACCGUAAGAUUAAAUGCGGCGAGGAACGGCCCCACUGCUUAAAUUGCCAGAGAACCGGUGAAAAAUGUGACUAUAGCAUUCGUUUGAACUGGGAAGGUCGAAGGGGGAAGCGGCCAGAGCCUGGUACGCUGGACUUCAGCCAGGAAGUUUUAUCGCCGCCUUUGCCCGCCAGGGGGUUCAAGUUGGUGCAUCAAUAUCCUUCGUCUGACAAUCCAGGAACACGGAGGCUUGAGCCCCUAACCGGUCCACAAAGUCAGCCAAAGCUUGACCGUAGUAGGAUGCAUUCCCAGAUCGCAGUUCCUCCAGACAAUCCGUCGUCUACGAGUUUCGGCGGUACGCAGUCCUCACCUGCUACCAAGCGCGCGAGGCUUGCGUCGGACUUUCAGGCUCCUGACCCCCAGUCAGCGCAUCCGAUCGAGCAGAGGCAUAACUCAGCGGCUAGCUCGACUUUGGACUCGAGUGUGGCGUCCUUUAGGUUUACAGUUGGCUCUAGCCUGACAUCUGCUUCUCCCCUAACUCCUACCACAUCGUCUACAUAUAGCGAUGAUGAUCAACGCCACGCGAGCCGGAGGCUCUCUGUAAAUUCACUUCUGUCGAUGCCUCCAGGCCCUCAAGCUUUGCAAGACGACAAUGCUAGCCGAGUAAGGGUUAGCCUACCGCCGAUAGACACUCGACCACGUGUGCCGGCGGAGGCAACCUAUUAUGGUAUUGACCGCGGUUUUCCAGAUCGCGACCUGGGUAAGAACGAAGAUGGAAUCGCCAUUAGUGGGUCAUCGCCGCUAUUACAACGUGAAUUCAUCGAUGCCCCUUUCGAACCAAGUAAUGACCUGGUCUGGACGGAAUUUGGGUUUGGGGUCGAGACUAAUGAGUUCAUUGAAGAGGAGGGGGGAUAUUAUUCAAGGCCAGUUUCGAUAUAUAUUCCUCGCAGCCUCGAACCACUUCCAGCACAAUUAAUUGAUAAUCCCAUGAGCCUUCUUUAUUUCCAUCAUUUCUUGAAUCAUACAGCUCGAGUUCUUGUUCCCUAUGAUGACCCUCACGCCAACCCUUUCCGGACAAUACUCCCGCAAAUGGCUGUCAAGGAUGAUAACUUGUUGGCACUUCUGCUAGCAUAUUCCGCUUCUCAUAGAGCACGUGUGUUGAAUCAUCCGGAGCCUACGAUUCGGAUUGCCACCUGGGUUGAUAAUGUGUUCCCCUCUUUAAGACAAGAUCUGAACAACCCAAAUAAGAGCUUUUCAGAUGCGAACCUCGCAACGGCCAUUAUGCUGGCCUCGCUUGAGAUAAUUUCACCGAGAGUAUUUGGAUACGAUAUGCCAUGGCAAAGACAUCUAGGCCUUGCGAGAGAACUCAUAACUGCGCGUCCAGGUGGCCUUCGUGGAUUCCAAUCAAACUUCCGCCACGACCCAGUAUGUUCUUUCUUGUGGAGUUGGGCUGCAUAUCUCGAUGUUAUAGGAAGCCUUAGCGGGGGGCCGAAAGAUUCUUCAUCAACUUGGAUAUUCGACUACGAAGUAGACGAUAUCAUGGAUGGCUAUGACGAGAUAGACUGUAUCAUGGGCUUUACUACGCGAUGCAUUUAUCUUCUUGCCAAUAUCGCUGAUCUGGCUAGAAAAUGUGAUGUUGAGCGCAUCGGCGAUGACUUGAAUAUAAGACAAGACUGGGAACCAAGCAAUGAAGUAUUAGAGCAGGCCUCGAGGAUUGAAGCAGCUAUUAAGGACAGCAUGGUCCAAUCACCGGUGCCUUGCAAGCAUAUACACAAAAAGGGGGAUGUAGAGAAGUGGGAUAGGCGGGAGAUGGAGGCGACAAAUGAGGCUUUCCACUGGGCUGGGCUCGUCCACCUCUACCGCAGGAUUAUGGGUAAGCCAAGCAAAGACAGAUCCGUCCAAGUCGCAGUACAAAAGAUUAUCGAUUGUUUCGGUCGUAUAAGACCGGGUGGAACAGCGGAAUCUUGCCUUCUGUUUCCUAUGUUUACCGCGGGAUGUGACGCUACUGAUGAGGAACAGAGGGCUUUGGUACUCAAGCGAUUCAUGACAGCUGAGAACCAUGGGAUGACUCAGAUCCAUAAUGCACGUCGGCUAAUGCAAAAGGUUUGGGAGACACAAAGGCCUUGGGAGACGUUGGUAAGCACGGAAUUUAUUGGAUAAUGUUUUGACUAUUAAAACGAAAGGGCAAAUUACUUAUUAGCACGCUUGCAAAAAUAACCUUUUUUGUAGGUAUGAAUCUAUCAGAUAGGAAUGGCUCUUCAAGGAGCCAGUCUUAGUCUUGAUUAUACGUUACGAGGGAUGAUGCUCGCCAAGGUAUAAAUGUUUUCGGAUUAUUAGCGAAUAGCUUAGCAAUACAUACCAUUUGAACUAUUAAA